AUGACUGAAGAAGGGAGCUCUGGAUUUCCCAGUAGUCUCGGUAUGGAGGGUUAUAAUUCCGAUUUGGAUUCAGAGGUGGCUUACAUUUUUAAUGAAGCCCACAAGUUAUUUCCAUUGAACUGUUCGAAGAAACGCAAGGCAGAAAAGAUCCCGAGCCCAACAUUGCAAACAAAACGGCAGUUUCGCACCAAUAAUUCAACCUUAGGGAGGGAUUUCCCGAGCAUGCUCGACUUGCAGGAAUCUCCCGAUACUAGGCAAGCCGAUGAAGUUGUCCAGCCUUCGAGUAAGGGGACCACGACAUUGUCGGCCACAAUGGGCACGUCCAAGGACCGAAAUCAUCAACGUCCAUCCUUCCUUGGUUCACGAUCCACAGUUACAGUGAAUGUGAGUUGUGAUGAUGGCAAGGAUACAUUCCAGGUUCACAAAGAUUUUAUAUGCUUCUACUCGCCGUACUUCAGAGCAGCGCUCAACAGUUCGCUCAAAGAAGGUACUGAGCAAUUUGUUGACCUCGAAGACAUCAGACCGGAGCCUUUCUCUCUCUUCUGA